AUGGAGGAAAAAUUGAAUUUACGCGCGCAAGCGCGCGCCUUGGCUAUAGAGUUUGCAUACAUUUUCAUGCUUAUGAUAUAUUCGACCAAUCACGUUACGAAUAGUUUGAUGCCACAUACAUUUCAUCUCAAUUUUAUAUUAGGAUUUCUUUGGGUUUCUUAUUGCGCUCGGGAUCAUGAUUUUCGGGAUUGA